UCUUUUUUAGCAGGGGCUGUCAAAAUUAGCAAAACAAACAAGAGGGAAUUUUCUAGCAGCAGAUAAAAUUUUGAUGCUGAGUUUUAAAAGAAAAGAUGUGGAAGACAAUGCUCUGCAAGAUGACAAAGAAAUGGCAAAUAGCAAAACAAUGUAUUUCAUUAGCUUACAGGAGUGGGGUUUGAAAAAGUGGGACUUUUCCGGAAGUGUAUUUUUGCUAAGAAAGUUGUUUAUUUGUACUUCAUUCUCUUGUAGCAUGUUUAACUUAUUGCAUGAUGGAAUAUUGAGUGAUACAUAGUGCAAGUUCUGAUAUGUAUGAAAUAGGUAAGAGCUAGUAUGAGCUAGAAAAGAUGCAGAAUCAAUACUAUUCACUUUUCUUGACUUGCCUUCUGAUCAUUCUUCUGUUGCAAGAACUUGUCCCUAUAGAUUAUUUUAUUUUGUGAAAAUAUUUUUCAAUCAUUCUCUGUAGUAAUAAAAUAACAGCAAGGCAUCAGAGACACACAGUGUAAGUAUGAUCAGAAAAAAAUAGUGGGAUUUAUUUACUUGAAAGAAAAAUUUUUUUUCAGGUUGGGUUGUUAUUGAAGAAAAAAGUAAUUGAAAAAUUAUUAUUUUUCACAGCAGUGGAGGUUUACCAUUCUUGCCAAAGCAUUCACUAUUUAAGAUUUUGAUGUCCAGAGCCAGUCUUUAAGAUGAAAAAUUUGGGCUCAUUUCCUGGAGCCUUGGCCAGUGGAGACGACAGUUAAUUUAAGAGCUGUGCAACUGCUCCUGUGUGUAGACAAGAUGAGAACAAAAGCUCAUCUCAUGUUCAUACUGGGGCUAACUGAAAUUACUGGCUUUUAAGAGAGAAAAAUGUAUUCCUUGGAGUGGCAAAAAGCAUGGCCAUUAAGACUUCCAUUUGGGAUCUGGGAAACUUCAGCGACUCCCUGGUUUUAAUCAGCUGCAUUUUUUAUUCAGACCGGGAAGUUAAAUUAGGUCCUCUCCUGACCUACAUAACUUCCUCAAGCAAGAGUGAUUCCUUUCUGUGGGGUAGCUCUGGAAGGCAUCAAGGAGAUGAAACGAGCGAGGUUCUGGUGAAUACAGGCCUACUGCAGGGCACUCUCUCAGUCCCUCGCACGGGUCUGCUCCCCAAGGAGAGGCUGAGAGAGCGCCCUACAGCAGGCCUGUGGUGCUCAGUUCGGGAUAUUGGCCUGCCAAGAAUUCCAUUCAGGCCUCCCGAGCCCAGUACCCUCAACAUCAGACUACAGGAUAGUAGGACACAGCUCACUUGCAUGCUCUUAUCUCUCUCUUGUUCAAAGCACGUUGUGUUUUCUGUGGUGGGAAAAGGAGAUAAUGAAAACAAGUAGUUUUGUGGCAUGGGAAAGAGCUUUCUUCCCAUCUCUGCUUUUGAGUGGAUCAAGGGAGUUUCUGUUCUAAUGGAAUAUCUUGUUCCAGGAUUUAUGAUACUAUCUGGUUCCUGAACCAAAGAUACUUACCUGCUUUUUCAGACCCAGAAAUAGCUUUUUAAAAUGGGAAAAGUGGUUUUAUUUCAGGUUUUUACCCUUGGUCAUUGCCUGUAUGACUACUUUCUCUUCAUUUCUAAACAUGCUAUUCGUUACAAUAUAGGUUUGAUUUAUCCAGUACAGAGUUGUUUACUUUAUGCAUGUAGCUGAUAGAGAUUCCAAGUCAGGGACCCUAUUAGAAAUAAUUAGUCUUGAAGGGUAAAAUGAAAUUUUAAAAGGUGCAUGAUAAAAGAAGUUGCAUUUAAUUUCUGUUUACACUGAAAUAAUUAAUUUAUAGCAUUAUAUCCUAGAAAGAUAAUUCUGCAUAGGCAACAACUUCAAUUUAAGUAGAAAGCUCCUGUAUUAUAGAAAUGCCUUCCACAGAGAGUAGUUUCUGUAUUUGUCAGAUAAGCAGUAUACAUCAUGGACUAAGGAUCUAAUCAAGAUUUCAAGACACUGAAAGGUAAGCACUUUAAUAAUUCUAAAAUAAUUUAAAUUUUUUUGUUAAAGAAAAAUGGAAGAAUAUAUCAAUUAAUAUAUCUAUUUAAUUUUCAAUUUAGUUUUGAUUUCACCUUGAAGUACUAGAAACUCCUCAAAGAGCCUAUUUGAACCAAAAUUGUAACUACUUCGUUGAAGGGUGAAGGAGAAGAAUAGGGAACAAGAGAAAUUAACAGCAGCAUCAAUGUCUGCACUUCACAAAACCAGCCCUGGCACAUCAAUGGAGAGACUGGAGUUGUCCAAGAAAUAAGGAGAUAUUGGAAUUCUCCAGUAUGGAAGAUAUGGAUAUGUGGUCCUUAUUUAAAUGAAGAACUACAGCACAGACAUUAUUCAUGCUAAUACUGCUUUCUGUUACAAUCCAGAGAGCAUUUCUGAGCCUUGAAUGGUGAAUUUUUGAAGAGGUGGCUGAGAUGCAAAGGAUGAAGCCUCCUGGACUCCAAAAGCAGUCAGCAUAUAUCCCAGAAGUAAACACUGACAGUGCACCCAUGAACAUCUGGAUAUCUUUCAGUUUCAUUGCAGCUGGAGUCAGUGACUUCAUACAGGAAAAGGAUCUCAGGGAGGAUGAAAAUGAGGAUUGGGAGGAAGAAGAAAAGAUCUUCCUCAAGCCUGUUAUUGAGGACAGAAAUAUGGAACUGGCCCGAAAAUGCAGUGAAUUAAUAAGUGAUGUACACUAUAAAGAAGAGUUUAAAAAAUCUAAAGGCAAGUGCAUAUUUGUACCUGACACCCCGCAGCUAAAACAUGUGAAAAGCCUUGGUGCUUUUAUUUCUGAGGUGAAAUAUAAAGGAGCUGCUAAGAAAGACCUUUCCAACCCUCUCUAUCAGCAGAUGCCAGCCACAAUUGACAGUGUAUUUGCGAAGGAAUUAAUGCACCUUCAGAGCAAGGUUCUCUAUAAACAAAAACAUGAUGCUGAGAAAGGAUUUUCAGACUAUGCACGUAUGAGGGAACCUCCAGAUGUUAAACAUGCCAUGGAAGUCAGUAAACACCAGAGUGAUGUAUCUUAUAAGAAGGAUGUGCAAGAUACUCAUAGGUACACUGAAGUGCUGAACAGACCAGACAUAAAGAAGGCAACUGAGAUAACAAAGAUAAUAAGUGAUGCAAAGUACAAGAAAGGAAGGGGAGAGCUGAAUAAGGAGUCUGCUGUGCUUGGAAGACCUGAUUUUGAACAUGCUAAAGGAGUUUCAAAACUUUUAAGCCAAGUAAAAUACAAAGAGAAGUUCAGUAAGGAAAUGAAGAGUCACCAGUACAAUCCUCUUGACUGUGCUUCCUUCAAGCAAGCACAGAUUGCAUCCUCCUUGGCAAGUGAUGUGAACUACAAGAAAGAUUUGGAAAGCCUACAUGAUCCAGCAUCUGAUCUACCAAACCUGCUGCAUUUAAACCAUGCUUUAUAUAUCAGCAAAACACAGAGUGAUGUCAAAUACAAAGAAAAUUAUGAAAAAUCUAAAGGCAGAUCAAUGCUGGAGUUUGUGGAUACUCCAAUGUAUCAAGUUUCAAAGGAGGCUCAAAAGAUGCAAAGUGAGAAAACGUACCGCAGAGAUUUUGAAGAAGGGAUCAAGGGAAGACCUUCACUGGAUUUAGACAAGACCCCAGAGUUCCUGCAUAUAAAACAAGUCACUAAUCUUUUGAAAGAGAAAGAAUAUCGAAAAGAUUUGGAAGAAGGGAUGAAAGGGAAAGGAAUGACAGUGUUUGAAGAUACACCAGAUUUGAUUAGAGUGAAAAAUGCAGCUCAGAUACUAAAUGAGAGGCAAUACAAGAAAGACUUGGAAACUGAAAUUAAAGGGAAAGGCAUGGAUGUUGGUCCAGAUACACCUGAGAUAAGACGAGCCAAGAAAGCUUCUGAAAUUGCAAGCAUGAAAGAAUACAAGAAAGACUUGGAGAAUGAAAUUAAAGGAAAGGGAAUGGAAGUGGGUACUGAUACCCUUGAUAUUCAACGAGCCAAAAAAGCUUCUGAAAUUUUCAGCCAGAAAAUGUACAAAGAUGAAGCAGAGAAGAUGCUCUGUAACUAUUCUGCUGUCCCAGACACUCCUGAGAUGGAGAGGAUAAGAAGUACUCAGAAAAAUAUCAGUUCAGUGUUUUAUAAGAAGGAAGUAGGAGCUGGCACAGCUGUAAAAGAUACUCCAGAGAUUGAAAGAGUAAAGAAAAAUCAACAGAAUAUUAGUUCGAUUAAAUACAAGGAGGAAAUUCGGCGUGCAACAACUAUUUCUGAUCCACCUGAACUAAGGAGAGUUAAGGAAAACCAGAAGAAUAUCAGUAAUGUUCAGUACAAAGAACAGCUCUGCAAAGCUACACCCAUGAGUGUCACCCCUGAGAUGGAAAGAGUCAAGAGGAAUCAAGAGAAUGUCAGCAUGGGAAGUUGCUAUCCUUUAAUACUUUGUGUAAUUUUUGGGUGCAGAAGAUGAACAUGAAGUUCUGCAUUCUGAAAUGAUGCCUUUUCCUUAGUCUGGGUGGAAACUAAUGUAUUGUAAUGUGUUCAAAUUCAAGUAAUGGAAUUAUUUGAAAAUCUUCUCUUAGGAAGCAUUUGUGAGAAGGCUUUUCUUGGUUUGGGAAGUGGCAGGUGAACCAUCGCAUAUUUUGUUAAAGAAAUGGCUGCAAUGCUUUGAGAUGUUAUUCUCUUCCUUGGAUAUUUGCAGAAAAUCUUGACAUUUCUUUUUUUUUUAAACAAAAUAUCUGUUUCCAGUUUUAUUUUUCUUUGCUUUGUGAGAAAUUAGCUACAGCUGUGCUCAAACUUCUGCUCUCUUACCUGUCUCCUUCUGGUUCCUCAGUAACCUCCCAAUCAGAAUUCAGUAUUUAAUGGCUGAGAUAACCAUUUGCAGGGGUACAGAGAAGGAGGCAAGGACUGGAGCAUGCUACUGACUUCCUGCACUGAUGAAGUUGCACCCUCUUGAUGAGUCCAUGGGAGACCAGGCACUCUCCUCACUGAGAGCUGCCAUCAGCAGCUGUGGGACAUGGGUGCACAAACAGCUGCAGUGUCUCCCUGGGUGCUUUCUACUGCAUUCACCAAAAUAAUUUUAAGUCACAAUUUUCAAGAAUUCUGUCCCUCUAACUCAACUUCUGGAUUCCUGUUGAUAUAUCUAGAUUUCCUAGAAUGUAUUCUGUUCAAAAACGGCUUUCCUUUUUCCAAACCAGCCUGUAUACUACUUCUACUCACACUGUUUACUCUUCACCAAUUUUUGUGUUGUGAAAAUUUCACUGGGAAGUUUAAAUUCUUUUCAAGUCACCUGAAUAGCUUUGAGUGAGUAUUUGUUAACUUCAGCCAUUUCUAGAAGCAUCAAUUCUUGAAUAUUCAUUUUACCUUUAUAAAUGUUAAUUUGCAAGUAUAAUCAAUUUAAAAGUUUACUAUAGUUUUAGUAAGACAUUAAUUUUUCAAUUGGAAUACAUUGGUGUGGAAGGACCAAAAUUGUGUUGUGCUGGAAGAAAAUUGCUUAAAAGCAAUAGCUGCCUUACUGCCACAGUGCACUGCAGAAUUAUGAGCAUAAUGUAUCUGCACAGUUAACCUUAUCAAUUAAACCCAAGCUCUUGCUUUUGUAUGGAAGCAUUUAUUUUGCAUAAAAAUAUAUGAUUUGAUAUGAAUUUGUUGCCAGAAUCUGUUACUAAAUAUUUACCAUAUCUGACUUCCCAGCAUGUGGGGCUGGAGUUAACUUUAGAUUGCUUGGUCUGUCAGUGCCACAUCCUGUCCUGAUCUGCUUUAGAUCCUGAUCCAGCCUUGGGUGUGCAUUUAAUGCAGUUAAUGCAAUGUUUUUGAUUACAGAAUGAUGAAGGGGGUAUUCCUACAGUACAUUUAAAUAAAUACAUGGUGAAAUUAGGCUGGAUUCAAUUGGCAGUUGUCUGAUGUACUGCACCCUCUGUGUUUAAUCACCUUUGAAUAUGUAAUAUAUAGAAUUUAGAAUAUAGGUGGAGAACUUAUGGAAUUUCUCUGUCUUGACAAAUAUGUAUUUACAGUGGACCUUUAUUAAAUUCAGUUUUUCAUAUGCUCUGCUUGCCUUUACUGCAUUAUAUGUGGCUUAAUCCCAUUCCAAAUAUGAGUUAUUUCUCUGUAGAGCCAAUAACCAGUCUGGUAAAUGCCAGAUAUUUUGUGCACAUUGUGGGUAUAUAUCCACAGAAAUGCAUUAAUGA